AUGGCGGCAGGCCUGGUAGCUGCAGCAGGCCACGUGGCAGGUGGGGACGCUGACGUGGUGCACGAGGUGUUUGACGCCCUGCCCUUCCACUUCGUCCGAUCGCUGCUGGAAGAAUCAGUCGGGGAGAGCCUCGAGCCAAUGCAAGAGACAGCAGCACUGGCACCAACGCAGGAUCUACCAACAUCAGCGUCAACACCAGGACCAGCAGCAGGAGCAGCAGCAGCAGCAGCAGCAGCAGCAGCAGCAGCAGCAGCAGCAGCAGCAGCAGCAGCAGCAGCAGCAGCAGCAGCAGCAGCAGCAGCAGCAGCAGCAGCAGCAGCAGCAGCAGCAGCAGCAGCAGCAGCAGCAGCAGGAGCAGCAGCAGCAGCAGCAGCAGCAGCAGCAGCAGCAGCAGCAGCAGCAGCAGCAGCAGCAGCAGCAGCAGCAGCAGCAGCAGCAGCAGCAGCAGCAGCAGCAGCAGCAGCAGCAGCAGCAGCAGCAGUAGCAGCAGCAGCAGCAGGAGCAGCAGCAGCAGGACCAGCAGCAGCAGGAGCAGCAGCAGCAGGAGCAGCAGCAGCAGGAGCAGCAGCAGCAGGACCAGCAGCAGCAGGAGCAGCAGCAGCAGCAGCAGUGUCUGUACUCGUGGUGGUCACUCAGCAACCGGAACUGGCCUGUCUGCCUCCUGUGCUGCACCUGCUAGAGCCUCUCAGCCAGAUUAUCCUUCACGGGCGGACAGUGACUCUCGUCCGAGACGCUUGCCUAUGUGUGCUGGCGGUGGCGCGGGGAUCAGAAGCAGGCAUGCGGGCGUGCAGGGAGCAAGGCGUGCUUGGAGUGGCUGCCCGCUCUCUUACUUCCAUCACAGACCCUUCCUGUUCAUCUCUUGCAAUGCUAAGCGUUCUGGUCAAUGCUGCAUCUCCCCUCGAUAUCUCCCAUCACGGAGACUCGCUUGCUGCUGCUGUGCCAGCCCUAGCAAG